CUUCCCCUGGAGACUGUGGCUUUCACAUACGUUUUGGCCCCGAAUAAAUAUUUCGCUUCACUUGCUUAGCAGUGGGCUGUUUUGCGUGGGCUCGGGAUAAUAAUAGAGGGCCGAACCUCCUUGACCUCUUAGUCCCUUCUCUGCCUCCUCCUGGUGAAAUAGACUUGGUGCUCCUACCAGAUUGGGUGUUGAUCCAUUUUUCUUUUCCUUUUUUCUCUUAUCCUAGGACCAGAAAUUUCGUUCAACCCUAUCUGGUGCAUCUUUGGCAGAAAGUGAAGAAAACACCCCCAUUGUUCUUUGGCAUGGACACAAGUUCAGUGGGAACAUUAGAAUUGACUGAUCAAACUCCUGUUUUAUUAGGAAGUACAGCCAUGGCAACUAGUCUCACAAACGUAGGAAAUUCAUUUAGUGGCGCUGCGAAUCCUUUAGUAUCUAGAUCUAGUAAGUUUCAGAAUUCAUCAGUGGAAGAUGAUGAUGAUGUUGUUUUUAUUGAACCUGUACAACCUCCUCCAUCUUCUGCACCUUUGGUUGCUGAUCAAAGAACCAUAACAUUUACAUCUUCAAAAACUGAAGAACUACAAGGAAAUGACCCCAAAAUCCUUCCUUCCUCGAAAGAGUUGACUUCUCAGAAGGGCAGUGUGAGUGAGACAAUUGUCAUUGAUGAUGAAGAGGACAUGGAAACAAAUCAAGGGCAAGAGAAGAACUCCUCACAUUUUAUUGAAAGGAGACCCUCUGAAACUAAAAACAGAACGAAUGAUGUGGAUUUCUCUACUUCCACUUUUUCAAGAAGUAAGGUAAACACAGGAAUGGGUAAUAGUGGUAUUACCACAGAACCAGACUCUGAAAUUCAGAUCGCUAAUGUUACAACAUUAGAAACAGGCAUAAGCUCUGUGAGUGAUGGCCAGCUAGAAAGUACUGAUGGGAGAGAUAUGAACUUAAUGAUUACUCAUGUGACAUCACUGCAUAAUACCAACCUGGGAGAUGUCUCUAAUGGACUUCAGUCAAGUAACUUUGGUGUUAAUAUGCAAACGUACACCCCAUCUUUAACUUCACAGACCAAGUCUGGAGUAGGACCUUUUAAUCCUGGUAGGAUGAAUGUUGCAGGAGAUGUAUUUCAGAAUGGAGAGUCUGCACCUCAUCAUAACCCUGAUUCCUGGAUCUCCCAAUCAGCAUCAUUUCCUCGUAACCAGAAACAACAAGGGGUGGAUUCUUUAUCACCAGUGGCCUCACUUCCUAAACAGAUAUUCCAGCCUUCUGCUGCUCAACAGCAGCCCACUAAACCAGUUAAAGUCACUUGUGCAAACUGUAAGAAACCUCUGCAGAAGGGGCAGACAGCUUAUCAACGAAAAGGAUCAGCUCACCUCUUUUGUUCAACCACCUGCCUUUCUUCUUUCUCUCAUAAACCUGCUCCAAAGAAACUCUGUGUUAUGUGUAAAAAAGAUAUAACUACAAUGAAAGGAACAAUUGUUGCUCAAGUAGAUUCAAGUGAAUCCUUCCAAGAAUUUUGUAGUACAUCUUGCCUGUCUCUCUAUGAGGACAAGCAGAGUCCUGCUAAAGGAGCUCUAAAUAAAUCGAGAUGCACAAUCUGUGGCAAACUCACCGAGAUUCGCCAUGAAGUUAGUUUUAAAAAUAUGACUCAUAAGCUAUGCAGUGACCACUGCUUCAAUAGAUAUAGAAUGGCCAAUGGUCUAAUAAUGAAUUGCUGUGAACAGUGUGGAGAAUAUUUGCCCAGUAAAGGUGCUGGAAAUAAUGUUCUGGUGAUUGAUGGUCAGCAGAAAAGAUUUUGCUGUCAGAGUUGUGUCAGUGAAUACAAACAGGUAGGUAGUCAUCCAAGUUUCCUGAAGGAAGUUCGAGAUCAUAUGCAGGAUUCUUUCUUAAUGCAGCCUGAGAAAUAUGGAAAACUGACAACGUGUACUGGUUGCCGAACACAGUGCAGAUUUUUUGAUAUGACUCAGUGUAUAGGUCCUAAUGGAUAUAUGGAGCCAUAUUGUUCAACUGCUUGCAUGAACAGUCACAAGACAAAAUAUGCAAAGUCACAAAGUUUGGGAAUUAUUUGCCAUUUUUGUAAGCGAAACUCUUUACCUCAAUACCAAGCCACAAUGCCUGAUGGAAAACUGUAUAACUUUUGCAAUUCCAGUUGUGUGGCUAAAUUUCAGGCACUAAGCAUGCAGUCGUCUUCAAAUGGCCAAUUUGUAGCACCCAGUGAUAUUCAAUUGAAAUGCAACUACUGUAAAAAUUCCUUUUGUUCAAAACCAGAAAUCUUGGAAUGGGAGAACAAAGUGCAUCAGUUCUGCAGCAAAACUUGCUCAGAUGAUUAUAAGAAGUUGCAUUGCAUAGUUACAUAUUGCGAAUACUGCCAAGAGGAGAAGACGCUUCAUGAAACAGUAAAUUUCUCCGGCGUUAAGAGACCAUUCUGUAGUGAAGGCUGCAAGCUAUUAUACAAACAAGAUUUUGCAAGACGAUUAGGAUUAAGAUGUGUUACGUGCAACUAUUGUUCUCAGCUGUGUAAGAAGGGAGCCACUAAAGAGCUUGAUGGGGUUCUCAGAGACUUCUGCAGUGAUGACUGCUGUAAAAAGUUUCAGGAGUGGUACUACAAGGCUGCGAGAUGUGACUGCUGUAAAUCCCAAGGCACCCUUAAAGAGCGAGUGCAGUGGCGUGGGGAGAUGAAACAUUUCUGUGAUCAACACUGCUUACUACGUUUCUACUGUCAGCAAAAUGAGCCCAAUAUGACUACCCAAAAAGGACCCGAAAACCUACAUUAUGAUCAGGGCUGUCAGACGUCCCGAACCAAAGUAACAAGCUCAGCACCACCCCCUUCUCCUACACCAAACAAAGAGAUGAAGAACAAAGCAGUUCUUUGCAAACCUUUAACAAUGACAAAAGCAACUUACUGUAAGCCUCACAUGCAGACCAAAUCUUGUCAGACAGAUGAGAAUUGGAAGACAGAGUAUGUCCCAGUGCCUAUUCCUGUACCUGUCUAUGUGCCCGUGCCUAUGCACAUGUACAGCCAGAGUGUUCCUGUCCCUACCACAGUUCCUGUUCCUGUGCCCAUUCCUGUGUUUCUGCCUGCUCCAUUGGAAAGCAGUGAGAAGAUUCCUGCCACGGUUGAAGAUGUAAAAAGCAAAGUUUCUUCAGAUCCUCUUGAUACAGAAUUGCUUACAAUGCCAGAUAUGAUGACUGAAGAUGAGGGGAAAACAGAGGCAUCCAAUAUCAACAGUGUAAUUAUUGAGACUGACAUAAUUGGCUCGGAUCUCACAAAGAACUCUGACACAGAUAUACAAUCCAACAUGCCUGAUGUACCAUAUGAACCAGAUUUGGAUAUCGAAAUAGAUUUCCCUAGAGCUGCAGAGGAGCUUGAUAUGGAAAACGAGUUUUUGUUACCACCUGUUUUUGGAGAAGAAUAUGAGGAGCAGCCCAGACCUCGAUCUAAAAAAAAGGGUACCAAAAGAAAAGCUGUGUCAGGAUACCAGUCUCAUGAUGAUAGUUCUGACAACUCGGAAUGCAGCUUUCCUUUCAAGUAUUCAUAUGGUGUAAAUGCAUGGAAGCACUGGGUCAAAACUAGGCAGCUUGAUGAAGAUCUUCUGGUAUUAGAUGAGCUAAAAUCCUCUAAAUCAGUAAAGUUAAAAGAAGAUCUACUCUCUCAUACCACAGCUGAGCUCAACUAUGGGUUAGCCCAUUUUGUUAAUGAGAUCCGACGACCAAACGGAGAGAAUUAUGCACCUGACAGCAUCUAUUACCUCUGUCUUGGUAUACAGGAGUACUUAUGUGGUAGUAAUCGAAAGGACAACAUAUUUAUUGAUCCAGGAUACCAGAUGUUCGAGCAAGAAUUGAAUAAAAUACUCCGAAGUUGGCAACCAAGCAUCCUUCCAGAUGGGUCAAUAUUCUCUCGAGUUGAAGAAGACUAUCUCUGGAGGAUAAAACAGCUAGGAUCACACUCUCCAGUAGCUCUUUUGAACACCCUGUUCUACUUUAACACUAAGUAUUUUGGCCUGAAAACAGUGGAGCAACACUUAAGACUUUCCUUUGGCACUGUGUUUAGGCAUUGGAAAAAAAAUCCUUUAACAAUGGAAAAUAAAGCAUGUCUUCGAUAUCAGGUGUCUUCCUUAUGUGGAACAGACAAUGAAGAUAAAAUUGCUACUGGAAAACGAAAACAUGAGGAUGAUGAGCCAGUAUUUGAGCAAAUUGAAAACACAGCCAACCCUUCUAGAUGUCCUGUGAAAAUGUUUGAAUGCUACUUGUCUAAAAGUCCACAGAAUCUUAAUCAGAGAAUGGAUGUUUUUUAUUUGCAACCAGAAUGUUCUAGUUCUGCAGAUAGCCCCGUGUGGUACACAUCUACUUCCCUGGACCGGAACACGCUGGAAAAUAUGCUUGUACGGGUUCUUCUAGUGAAAGAUAUUUAUGAUAAAGACAAUUAUGAACUGGAUGAAGACACAGACUAAAAAGGACCGUUUCAGAAGCAAUGGGAUAACAGCAUUAGAUAGUCAUGCUGCUAGAUCUUUACAGGAAAACAUUUCAAGUUUACUCCUUCUGUUUUGAGUUUUGUAGCAAUGUACCCACACUGGGUAUUACCAUGUAAAUAAUCUGUGAGUGAAAGUUGCCAUUAUUCUAUGUAGUGGUUUUAGGAUACUUAACAAAUACAUCAAAUUCUUUUUUAUUAUUAUUUAUUGAUUAGGUAUGUUUGUAACUUUUUACAUUACAAAAUAUGAAGAGAAUGUGCCAUGUAUAAGUUUUUCUUGUUGCACUGCUCUACUGUUGCAAAGCUCCCUCCAAAAGGGCGUGCUUUUACUGCGUUCUUGACCAGACGGUUGUGUAUGGGUAGCACUACUCAAGUUUAGAACUUGCAGUGUCUUUCAGAAUUUUUAAAAUAAACUGUAAACUAAUAGGCUGGGUUUUUUGUUUUGUUUGGGUUUUUUGUUUGUUUUAUGUUUUAGUUACUGAAGCCUUACCAGGUUAUGUAGAGAGAUACCAUCUUCUGUACCAAAAAUAGACAAGAGAAUGCUGUCGAUACUGGUGUUCUGUAAUGUGAACCUAUGCUGGUGAAAACAACUUUAUGUUCCCCUUAUUAAAACUUAGUGUCCUUUUCUCACUUGUGACUUUCUGCAUCACCCCAUCAAUAAAAAAAGUGUGUAUAUACAUACAUAUAUACAUAAAUAUAUGUAAGGAGAGAGUGACUGUAACCUGAAAACAAGAUUAAGACACUUUUCUUUGUAGAGUGUCUGGUGACAGUGUAAGGCUGUUCCUUUUCCAUGCUGACCGUCAGUAUAUGGCCGCCCCCUACCCCCCAAGGGUACAGAUCAUGCUGCAUUACAACUUGCACAACACUCUCAAGUUUCACCACUCUUGAGAAUUCUUGUGCCUGCUUCCAAAACUGACUGAUCCUUAUGUGGGACAGAAUUAUUUUUAGAAAUUCCACUCCUGAAAUAGUCAUUUUAGAAAGUCAAGCUACUUGAAGGGAGAUAGUGUCACACUUUCCUACAAAGAUUACCAGUGGAGAGUGCUGGUUAAUCCAGAUGAAUGAAGAAAAAAACUGGUGGAUAAAGUCAGUUUCAGAGGAAAUCAUACUUGAUGUUAGAUUGUUUGGCUUUGAAAUUUUAAUUACUUCUUAUAGAAGAUUGCAUUUAAAAUAUCUUUGUGCUUCUGCAUAGCAGUUUAUCUGUUCACAAAUUUUAGAUUAAGGAAACUUCAAAUUAUACUUUCUAAAGACUGAGUAAAGUGGUAGCUGUAAAUAAUUAUUUGGCUGACUUUGUAUAGCAUGUGUGAUGUUACUUAUUUACGAAUCUUGAAAUCACUAUGGUGAUACUAGUUUUUAAAGUAGUUCUGAGGGAAAUUGGCCAGUUUUCCACAGUGAGUAGACAGUAUCUACACAUCCCUCACCCAGUUCUCUCUCCCUUAGGAUAAAUUUUAGCACACUAAAGAAAUUUUAUCAAUCAUGAUUUUCAAAAUUUCACAUGUAUAGCCACUGUUCAUUUAAGCAAUAACUAUCUGAAAUGUUUUUUGUUAUUGCUUUUUUUUUGGCAUGAAAAUUUGCAGUGUCCUUUUUGUAAGUUUGAUCUGAGUCCCUUGGUUUUCUAUUCGAAUCAUCAGACUAACGUAGCAAAUCCAGUACAAGUUACUUUACUAAAAUUGAUUCCCCAUUUGCCUGUUGAAUGAAGCUGGAAGCAGUUAAAACAGAAUGCAAAUGUUUCUUGGCUUUUCAGUGCUCAUUCUGAAAUACUUCUACUAGAAACGCAUAUUGUGACUAAAGACUGGUUAAUCCUAACCAUCUUUUAUUCCUCAGAGUGGUGCUAUAGCCCAUCAAAAAGCAAUAAACUUAUCCACAAAUGUCAAAUACCAUAAAUUCCCGCCGUGGUACUACUAAGCACCGUGUCUUGCUAUUUAGUUUUUAUUAUUUGUACAUUUUAGCUUUUCUAAACAGAAAUGCCUACAGAAUUUUGGUCUUACAUGAUAAAGGAUUUAGAGCUUGUCUUUGUCUCAUGCAAUCCAAUGAUUAAUCUACUUGAUUCUCAGGGGGAAAGGAAAAAACUAUUUUAUGAGAAUUGUUCUGGGAAAUUUAUUUCACCUGGAACACAUUUCUUUGGUUCUUGGCCCUACUGCUGAGAGAAAGGACAAUGAAAUGUUAGUUUAUUUUUGCUUCUUGGUGAUUUCUGAUUAUAGACAGCAUCCUGUAAAUAUAACUUUAUUGUCUUGAGAUGUCUAUUGAAGAUACUAUAUUUUUCUGUUCUGAACGAUUUUGCCACUUAAAAUCGUUCAUUUGAAAAGAUGACUAGCCAUUCUGAGGCAGGUGGAUUUCCCAUGCAAACUGAAUUCUCAACGCAUUUCAAAAGGCUUUUACUGUAUUAGGUAACGUGAGAUAUUAAAGAAUUUUUCUAGGCAA